AUGCGAAGCCUGGAGAGGUUAUCGGGUAGCGAUCAAGACUGCGAUCAGGAGAUGUAUAUCGACCUGGACGACGCUUCCGUCGACUCGCUUACCGGAAAACGCAGUCGCCAUCAUGUCGUUGGCGCGGAGGUGGGUGAGGAGAGCGACAGCAGUGGCAGCGAGAGGAGUCCGAAGCAGGCGAAAAGAAGAAAUCGUGGAGGACCACCGACGACGAGGAGACGAAAAAGUGGAAUUUCUGCGCGGGAAAGGAACCUCAGGAGGCUCGAGAGCAACGAGAGAGAAAGAAUGAGAAUGCAUUCCCUAAAUGACGCUUUCGAGCAACUGCGCGAGGUGAUACCACACGUAAAAAUGGAAAGGAAACUCAGCAAAAUAGAGACACUUACGUUGGCCAAGAAUUACAUAAUGGCCCUGACAAACGUCAUAUGUGAAAUGCGUGGCGAGGAGCAACCGUACACAUUCGUCGACGGCGAGUGUGGCUCCAGCAGCGGUGACAGCACAGGCCAAUUAGAAUUAAGUGGCGGUGAACAACCGGAAGAGGCAUCACCGGCAUCGAUGCACGAAACCAACAACAAUAGUCUGCUUCACGAAGAUCUAGAACGCAGGAUACCGUAGCUGGUCUAAUCGCGUCCGAAACUGAUCGAUCCUCGUUCGCCAGAUCCCCGGUUCGACGAAGAGAGACGCUGGCGAGAGGCGUCCAUCGGAGGAAAACGAGAUCCAGAAUCGAAAACGGAAGAAUCGGCCACGGAUCGAACUUCGUGGAACAAACAAACGGGGAAGAAGAGAGAGAACGGGAGUGCGAGAAGGAAGAAAGAAGAGACGAAGCUUCGUCGAACCUGAAGAUAGCGGGGGAACGAGUGAGCUAAGAGAGACUCGUCGUCGAAACGGUCGUUAAAUAGCCAACUCGUGAUUUAUCGAAGAAGAUGCAAUUCGGCUUUUACGAAAUGAUCCGUCCAAGGUCGACCUCUGGAGAUCUUUCGAAGGCCAACAAGGUGCGAGGUUGACAGAGAAAGAAAAAAAGACUGACUUCACGGCCAGUCCCGGCCAGAGAAUUCUCCCCUCCCUCUUUCUUUUUUCUCUCCUCUCUGUCGCGAUUAUUUCUCUCCUUUUUCUUCUUCUUUUUCUUAACCUUUUCUCCGGUGACAUCGGCCGGUUACCUUGAAACACCUCGAUCUUUCGAUUACAGGCGACGCCGAUGUAAAGUGGCUGACGCUGCACACUCGUCGAUCGUACCAUCGCGAAUCCGUACCAUCGUUGUGCCCGUUUCCAAUGUAUUAGUCACGUGCCAAAGGUAUUCGAACAGAAACGAGAGAUACAAGUAAAGGUCGACGACGUCGAGGUGGUUCAGUCGAUUCGAAGCGAUCGAAACGGAUCGAAGGGGAGAGGAGCCUGUUUCGCGAG